CUCAAGUCUCAACCAAAUAUAUUAAGUGUAUAAUCUAUGACUCAAGCAUUCUGUGACCUGAAGUUAUUCAAUGCUUGUCGCUUAUUUGUUUGGAUUGUGUACAAUUUUGUAAGAUUUGUUGAUUUCAACUAAAAAAAUCAUGGAACAAUACGUCGAAUGUGGUUCAAGCAGCGGGGCAAGCACACCGAAGAAGACUUCUACCCCAAAAAAGCGGCGAAAUCUAAGUCUGCGUAGUAACGAUUCUACCCCAAAAAAGCGCCGAAAUCUAAGUCCGCGUAGUAACGAUUCUACCCCAAAAAAGCGCCGAAAUCUAAGUCCGCGUAGUAACGAUUCUACCCCAAAAAAGCGCCGAAAUCUAAUCCCUUCGUUCAGUGACAGACCCCUAUUUGCUUUAUUUUUCAGAAGUCCGCGUAGUAACGAUCCUAGCCCAAAAAAGCGUCGAAAUCUAAUAAAUUCGUUCAGUGACAGACCCCGCCGUGAUUCUGAAAUAACCACUGCACUUAAUUAUGGCAGCGAAGAAGAGUCUGACGAAGAGGAAGAAGGGAUUGCCGAGUUAGCGGUGCCCCGAAUAGCAAGAAUGUUUAUGGACGAAGACGAUGCGGAAGUCAACGAAAGAUCCGCCAACGCUACUUUGGAGCGGUCCCCUCAAUCGCCUCGACCAGCCGAUUGUGCUUCAACGCCCGCCUCACCGACGCCUGUUUCGCCGACUGCCAUGGAACCCAGCAACAAAUUUCAAUUUGAAUGGAGAAAGUUUUCAACGCCUCAAAUUGAACCUCAUUUGAGGCGAGAACCGUUCUCGCAAAUUAGUGGCCCUACAGUUUCUUUCACGAGACCAUACGAAGCAUUUAUUGCUAUAUGGGAUCGUGAAAUUAUGGAAAUGAUUGUCAGGGAAACUAACAUUUACGCACAGCAGCUGGCAACGACCAUGUUGGAGAAUGGAACGAUCUGUCCUAGUAGUCGAAUUACUCGUUGGCAUGAUACAAAUGUAAAUGAACUUUACACGUAUUUUGCCAUCGUUCUGGCUAUGGGAGUGGUGAUCAAAACCCGGUUAACCGAAUACUGGAAUACCUCUAACGACAUCUUCAGUACUCCUGGCUUUUCCACGGAGAUGUCAUAUGACAGAUUCCACCUCCUGUCAGCAUGUCUGCAUUUUAAUAAUAAUAAAGAUUGUAACUCUGCGUUGUUGACACGACCCCAAGCUAAACUUUUUAAAAUUAAACCUAUAAUAGAUCACCUUAAUCGCAAGUUUUCUGAAUUAUAUAGUUUGUCUCAAAAUGUGGCUCUCGAUGAGAGUCUGACCAUGUGGAAGGGCUGGCUUGAAAUAAACCAGUUCAUCCCUAACAAAGCAGCCACAGUUGGAAUCAAAACCUUUGAAUUGUGUGAAUCUCAGACUGGUUAUUUGUGGCGUUUUGAAGUAUAUGCAGGCCAUGACACCUCGGCAUUUCAAGAAGAUGAUCCAGUCUCGGGGAAAGUACCAGCUCUAGUGCUCAGACUUUUAAAUGGUCUUGAACAUAAAGGGCACACAAUAUGGAUGGACAAUUACUACAACUCUCCAUCACUGGCACGAGAACUGAAGAUCCGGGGAUUUGACUGCGCGGGGACGCUCCGGACAAACCGUCAAUUCGUACCACCUGAAUUGGCGAGUAUUACAAAAAACGACAUGAUUGUCGGUCAAUUGUUGGGAUGCACCUCUGGAGAUGUGGACAUUGUGGUGUGGAGGGAUAAAAACCUCGUGGCUUUUAUUUCAACAUACCAUGCUCUCCUAGCUACCAAGUGUGGCGAUACAGUUAAGCCGACAGUCGCGCAGGACUAUAAUCUUAAUAUGGGCGGAGUAGACCGUAAGGAUCAGCAACUCGCAAUGUACCCUUUAGAAAGAAAAAGGAAUAAGGUGUGGUACAAAAAAUUUUUUAGAAGACUCUUGAACGCUAGUGUCCUGAACUCGUACAUUUUACUGAAAAACCAGUCGUGGGCACACCGGAAAUUCCGAAAGGCGUUGAUAACUGAUUUGUUUACAGCACACCGAGCCCCUGCACCUAACUCAAAAACCAUCGCAACAUCAGUACAUAGCCCGGCACAAUACAGUUCGAUUAAUCCCAAAAAGACAGACCGACUUAGGCGCCAAUGCGUCGUCUGCAAAAAACGAACUGUCACGUACUGUAAAACUUGCCAACUGGCAAUGUGUACUUACACGUGUUACGAGCCUUACCACACUGCACACUGACGCUUUUCAGACCAUUACUUAUUUAUAUAUACACACACCAUACGCACACACACACACACUGACACACACACACACACACACACACACUGACACACACACACACACUGACACACACACACACACACACACUGACACACACACACACACACACACACACUGACACACACACACACACACACACACACACACACACACACACACACACACACACACACACACACACACACACACACACACACACACACUGACACACACACACAGAGUAUUUGGGCACUAGUGUUAAAGAUAAUUCUAAAGAAUAAUAAUGUAGGGUAAUUAGGUAUUAUUACCAUCCAUAUUGUUGUGAAGUACUACACAAAAUGCUGCAUUAUGUGUCUGGUAGAUAUAUAUGUAAAUAUGUUUUAUACACUUUUUUUUGUGCAUGUAAGCUUAUUAAGCGGCGGUCAGGGUCAUGUCACCAAUGCAACUCGCACCUAUAACGAACUGGAAAAGUCAUCAACUGAAUUGAAUAUUUUUACAUAAUAUAAAUUAGCGAUGCUUAUAAACAUGAUUAAGGGCAUCCUCCAUGUUAAUAAUAGAUUAGGUAGUGUAAUUGUUUAAUGUUUAAUGUGAUUUCCUUUGUAAUUGUGAUUUAUUGUUACUUCCUUACAUUAAAAUUUCGAUUGGUUUUCGCUAUCGUAAUGUCUUGUCUUAUACGUAGUUGUAAUGAACAUUGUGUACUUAGCACAUCUAUCCUGAUUAGUUGUGCGCGCAUGGCUUAUGUUACAAGCCAAAUUUUUUACUUGUUGUUAUUAAUUUUGUAUCUUUUUUUUUUAAACUUAUAAUGUGUAUUGUGUACCUAGUAAAAAAAAAGAGAUGGCACUCAAGUAAGCAAUCAGAUUAUGAUGGAUUUGGGUAAUUUGUGUGGUGUUAAUGUGUUUCUUAAUUUGAUUUAUGUACGAUUAUCUGUAGAUUGCCUACUUACUUUAGUAGGAAAGAUUAUAUGAUCUUUAUCAUGAAAAAUCAUAUAAUCAUGAUAAGUCAUUUCAUGAGUAUGUCUGUAAAUAUUCCAAGCUGUUUAAAAAAGUCUGUACAUUGGCCAAAUCAUUGCACUUAGGCAUUUUAUAAAAAGCACCUAACAAAAUUAAAAUGACUUGGAAUAUCAUUAAUAAGGAGACUGGGAAUGUCAGAAACAGCAAUGCUGAAUUAACUUUGAAAACCAAUGAUAGAAUAAUAACUUCUCAUCAAGAAGUGGCCAGUGCCUUUGUGCGCUACUUUGCUGAUAUCCCAGCUUCUACUACAAAAUCUUUAAUUUCAUCUCCGACGCCGAAUCAUUACUGCAAGAUCAUGUUGAUAAAUGCAGUGUUAACUUUAAGUGCACAAAUAUUGGUAUAAAGGACAUAAUUGGUUAUUUCAAGCUCAUUAAUAUUAAGAAAACUGGUGAUUUAUGGGGACUUUCAAUUAAGGUUAUAAAAUCCAUUAUUGAUAUAAUCGCACCUUACCUUGCUACAAUAUUUAAUGACUGUAUUGAUUGUGGUGUGUUUCCUGAUCUAAUGAAAUAUAGUAAAAUAAUACCUUUGUUUAAAUCUGGUAGUACUUUUGAUCACUCUAACUUAAGGCCCAUUUCAGUACCUACUACCUACAUUGAGUAAAAUUUUUGAAAAAAAUAUUUUGGUACUUUUGAACCAUUUCAAUUCCAAUAACCUGUUUCAUAACAAACAAUAUGGAUUUACUAGAGGUCGUUCAACUAUUGAUGCAGGUGUAGAUCUUAUUAAAAAUAUUUCUCAGGCUUGGGAGGAAUCGCAUAAUGCACUUGGGGUAUUCUGCGACUUAUCUAAAGCUUUUGAUUGUGUUGAGCAUAAUACAUUGUUGAGGAAAUUACACCAUUAUGGUAUUAGGGGCGUUUCAUUAGAACUUAUUAAAUCUUAUUUAUCCAGAAGAAUCCAAAAGGUAGACGUUAAAGGAAAGAGAUCUUCCGGUGUCUUACAUAUGGGUUCCAUAUUGGGUGCCUUCCUAUUUCUUGUGUAUAUCAUUUACCAAAGUUUAUUGAAACCCGUCACGAGGUCGUAUUAUUCGGUGACGAUACAUACUUAUUGUUUAAAAUUAAACGACAAUUGGAAGAUUAUGACGAUGUGAUUGAUGCUAUCUCGCGCGUGGAACAUUGGUUUAGUGUUAAUAAUCUGUUAUUAAAUAACAAAAAAACAAAAUGUAUAAAAUUUACCACACCUAAUGUUAGACAAGUAAACACUAAUAUUACUGUAAGUGGAGAGACACUGGAUCUUGUGGAUUCGACAGUUUUUAUUGGUAUAACAGUUGAUUCUAAGCUGCAGUGGGGUCCUCACAUAUGCAAGUUAGCGAGUAGACUUAGUUCUGCAGCGUUUGCGGUAAAAAAAGAAGCGAACGUAUAGUAAUGAAGAUACAGCACGUCUGGUUUAUUUCAGUUAUUUUCAUAGUGUUAUGUCCUAUGGCAUUUUGCUAUGGGGCAAUGCUGCCGAUGUCGAAACGAUUUUCAUCCUGCAGAAGAGGGCUAUUCGUGCUAUUUAUAAUAUACACCCGAGGGAAUCCUUGAGGGACAAGUUUAAGAAAAUCAAAAUUCUAACUUUAGCGUCCAAAUAUAUUUUUGAAAAUUUAUUAUACGUGCGUAAAAAAAUAGAAGAAUUCCCUAGAGUCUGCGAUUUGCAUAAUGUGAACACUAGGAACAAACAUAGGCUUGCGUUGCCGGCGGCUCGAAUUAAGAUAAUAAGCAACUCUUAAGGGGCUGGGUGUACAACUUUUCAACAAGAUCCCACAAAACGUUCAAUUAUUACCUGUUCAUAGAUUUAAGAAAACUGUCAAGGAACGUUUGUGCAACAAGGCAUAUUAUAAAGUUAUGUAUUAUUUACUUUUCAUUUUUCAUUAUUUUUAAGUGUAUAUUUUGACUUGUUUUUUGUUUAUUGUAAAUAUUCUUACUUAUUUAAAAAAAAAAAUGAGAAAAAACAACAAAAAAGCCCGCUGAGUUGGUUUCGCUGGUUCUUCUCAGGACUGUGGCUUUUUUUGGUUACAUUAACAUUGUUAUUUAUAUUUUGACAUUCAACAAGUGUGUUAUACUUACUGACAUCUAAGUUGAAAUAAAUGAUUUUGAAUUUGAA